AUGGUCGCGCGACAGAUGCGAAUCGAGCGACAGGAGACGUCGCACUGUCAGCAGGUGUCGUUCGAUCGCGACGCUGCGAACGUGUUUCAGCACUACGUGCAUGACAGCCUGGCGUUUUCAAUCAAGCGAGGCGGCUUUCUGUUCGGGGAGGUGCGGGAGGAUGGGCACGUGCUGGUGGAUUUCAUCUAUGAGCCGCCUCAGCAUGGGACAGAGCACACGCUGCAGAUCUUUUCCAACGAAGCUGAAGAGAAGGCGGUAGCGGCGAUAGCAGUGGGGUUAGGCAUGCGCUGUGUGGGCUUCAUCGUGACUCAAACCCUCGCAGAGGAUCAACAGGCACAGGAGCACUCCUUUACUCUCUCUGCUUCCGACCUUCUUCUCUCAGCUAGGCUUCAUUGUGCUACCGCUAGGGAUAGCAGCGGGGAAAAGGGGGGCACGGAGGGGGAAGAGAGCGCUGCAGGGACAGCGGGUGCGCAGGCAGGGGAAAGGGGGAACGGGGAUGGGGUGGCAGGAGGGGAAGGAGGAGAGAAGAAAGGAGAGGGGGAAGGAGAGGAGCCGUUUAAGUACUUUGCGAUCGUGCUGGUGAAACUUUUAGUGGAUGAAGAAGGGGAUGGGGGCGGAGACGUGCAUUUUGAGGCCUUUCAACUAAGUGAUCAGUGCCUGAAGCUGUACCGGGAAGGGUGGGACACCAAGGAGGUGGAUAAUGACUUCUUUCUCAUGCCGAUCAAAAUUGUGGACCAUCAGGGCCCUCUCUCAACAACUUUUCCUGUGGAAAAUCGGGUGAUCCUACCCACUCAGAACGACCUUAAGCAGCAUCUGGAUCGCACCCGCUCCAAGCCAUGGGCCGACCGCCUUGCAGACUUUCACCUGCUGCUCUACCUCAGCAACUUCCUGGAUGCUUCCACGGAUAUGCCUAUGCUGGCGCAGGCUGUUCGCACUAAGGAACCCAUUAGUGAGGGCCACCAGCUGAUUAUUGAGCACUUGGCUUAA